AUGGACGUUGCCCAGAGCUCACCAACCUCCGAUCAAGCUGUUCGAACCUCCGUAAAGCGAACAUUAGACCUUUUCGGUUCUGAUUACCUCCUAUCUAAUUCAUCGACCUCCACCAGCGGUGAUUCUAUUGGCGUGUCAUACCGUCGAAAAGCAGAGUACAGCGAUUUACAGACACUUCCUCCAUCGUUAGCGGAGAAGCAAGCAAAGGCGUCGGCCGCCGGUCGAGCAAAGCGCCCAAAAAACAGAGCGGAAGGAGAUACAGCGACCUCGACGGCACUAGUGAAAAGUUCGUCCUCAAGCGGGGUCCAAAAUAAUGCAGACGGAGCUCCUACAAGCCUGGUGCGACGGCCAGCAGUGUCUCAACAACCUAAACCGGAAUGGCAUGCUCCAUGGAAACUGAUGCGCGUGAUAUCCGGGCAUCUUGGAUGGGUUCGAAGUUUAGCCGUGGAGCCGAAUAAUGAGUGGUUUGCCAGCGGCGCCGGAGACAGAACGAUUAAAAUUUGGGAUUUGGCUACAGGUGCUCUCCGACUCACUUUGACGGGUCAUAUUUCCACCGUUAGAGGCCUGGCAGUGUCUCCACGACAUCCCUACCUAUUUUCAUGCGGCGAAGAUAAGAUGGUGAAAUGCUGGGACCUAGAAACGAACAAAGUUAUUCGCCAUUAUCAUGGCCAUCUAAGUGGCGUAUAUACUCUCUCUUUACACCCUACCUUGGACGUGCUAGUUACAGGUGGCAGAGAUGGUGUUGCCCGAGUAUGGGAUAUGCGAACUCGGAGCAAUAUCCAUGUCCUCAGCGGCCACAAGGGGACUGUCUCGGAAGUGAAGUGUCAAGAGGCAGAUCCACAGGUUAUAUCCGCUUCCCUGGACGCCACUGUCCGGUUGUGGGAUCUUGCUGCAGGCAAAACAAUGGGCGUUUUGACUCACCACAAGAAAGGUGUCCGGGCUUUAGCUAUCCAUCCAAAAGAGUUCACCUUUGCAAGCGCUAGUGCGGGAAGUAUCAAACAAUGGAAAUGUCCAGAGGGUGCGUUUAUGCAGAAUUUUGAAGGCCACAAUGCCAUUAUCAAUACUCUCUCCGUCAACGAGGACAACGUUCUAUUUUCCGGUGGUGAUAAUGGGUCAAUUUCUUUCUGGGAUUGGAAAUCAGGACAUCGUUUUCAAACAUUAGAGACUACGGCACAACCAGGCUCCUUGGAGGCUGAAGCUGGAGUCAUGUCUUCGACGUUUGAUCGUACAGGCUUGAGAUUGAUAUGUGGCGAGGCUGAUAAGACGAUCAAGGUGUGGAAGCCUGAUGAUGAAGCUACCCCUGAAACGCACCCACUGGAUUGGAAACCUACGCUAGGAAGACAGCGGUAUUAA